GGACAAGGUAGUGUCACUGAACUAAAUCACCAGUAUUGUCCAAACAAGUCCUGAGAGUCACGGACUCACCAUGACCACAGAAACUACUCCCAAGUUUUCAUAUAUUACAAACUUACAAUCUGCCCAUCACACUACUCCACUUGCUUUUUGUGAUCAUUGACAACGUCUUUUCUCCCAAGUCCCGAGUUCCCAGCCCCUUCAUCCCCUCCAUCUACCUCUCCUUUCUUUAAAGUCCCAUAACCCAAUAACCAAAACUACUACCACCUCUCUCUCUCUCUCUCUCUCUCUCUCUCUCUCUCUCUCUCUCUCUCUCUCUCUGUGACUCUACAAUACUCUACACAAUGGUUUUGGCGGCUACCCGUCUCAGUAAAAAUGGCGAAAAUGAAGGAACUGCUGUAGACUUUCAUGGAAAUCCGGCAGACAAGUCCAAAACCGGUGGAUGGCUCGCUGCAGGUCUCAUCUUAGGAAGCGAACUCUCAGAGAGGAUAUGCGUAAUGGGCAUUUCCAUGAAUUUGGUAACAUACUUAGUCGGAAAUUUACAUAUUUCCACAUCCAAAUCUGCAAAUAUCGUCACCAAUUUCAUGGGUACUCUCAAUCUUCUAGCCCUCUUCGCCGGUUUCUUGGCCGACGCUAAGCUUGGUCGUUACUUAACGGUUGCAAUCUUUGCAACCAUUACAGCAUUGGGAGUUACUCUGUUAACAUUAGCAACAAGCAUUCCCAGUAUGAGACCCCCUCAGUGCAGUGACUACAGAAUGCAACACCAUCAGUGUAUAGAGGCCGACGGCCGGCAAUUAGCUAUGCUAUAUACUGCUCUUUACACAAUAGCACUCGGCGCCGGCGGCAUAAAAUCAAACGUUUCUGGGUUUGGAUCCGAUCAAUUUGAUGCAAAGGAUGAUAAAGAAGCAAAGGCCAUGAUUUUCUUCUUCAAUCGCUUCUACUUCUGUAUCAGUUUAGGUUCUGUGUUUUCUGUAACAGUUCUUGUGUACAUACAAGAUAACGUGGGGAGAGGAUGGGGUUAUGGGAUAUCGGCGGCGACAAUGGUUAUCGCCGUCGUUGUAUUGCUUGGUGGAACGCCGGUUUACAGGUUUAAGAAGCCUCAAGGAAGCCCAAUGACUGUGAUCUGGAAAGUGUUGUUCUUGGCUUGGAAGAAGAGGAGAUUGAAUUACUUUUCUAAUCCUAGUCUCUUGAAUGGGUAUCUCAAUGGAGAGGUUUCUCACACUCAAGGCUUCAGGUGGCUUGACAAGGCAGCAAUUGCAGAAGACAAAGAUUUUAAUGGAGAUACAACCCACAGGGACAACCCUUGGAUGGUCUCCACUGUGACCCAAGUGGAGGAAGUAAAGAUGGUACUGAAGCUAAUCCCAAUUUGGUCCACAUGCAUUCUCUUCUGGACAGUUUACUCUCAGAUGACUACUUUCACAGUGGAACAAGCCACCUUCAUGGAUCGAAAAGUCGGCUCCUUCCUCAUUCCCUCUGGCUCUUUCUCCUUCUUCCUCUUCAUCACCAUCCUUCUCUUUACUUCCUUGAACGAGAAGUUGUUUGUUCCUCUCGCUAGGAAAUUGACCCACAAUGUUCAAGGCAUCACUAGUCUACAGAGGAUUGGUAUAGGACUCAUCUUUUCAAUAGCUGCAAUGGUGGCAGCUGCGAUUGUUGAGAAACAAAGAAGGGAAAUUUCUGUCCACCAACAGACCAUGGUGAGUGCUUUCUGGUUAGUUCCUCAGUUUUUCCUCGUCGGGGCAGGUGAAGGUUUUGCUUAUGUUGGGCAACUUGAGUUUUUCAUAAGAGAAGCUCCAGAAAGAAUGAAGUCCAUGAGCACAGGACUCUUCCUUACCACCAUUUCAAUGGGGUUCUUUGUUAGUAGCUUGUUAGUAUCCUUGGUGAGCAAGGUGACUAAAAAGGCUUGGAUUAGAAACAAUCUGAACAAGGGGAGGUUAGAGAACUUCUAUUGGACUCUGGCAGUAUUGGGAGUUUUAAAUUUCUUGGUCUUUCUUGUGUUUGCUAUGAGACACCAAUAUAAGACCCAAAAAUUGAAUAGCAAUAAUGGUGAGGAGGAGCUUAAGGGUUUUGAAGAUACAGAGAAGAUGGAGUCUUGAAAUGAAGGAGUGGGCCUAGCUUAUGCAGGGAAGCAAGUGUUCAUUUAGCCUACUUAUAGGAGACUGAAAGAACUACAUCAUCAAAUUCAUUCUUCUCCUUUUCAUCUAUUGAAGACAAGUUUGUCUGAACAUAUUGAAAUAGUUGUAUGUUACCAUAAGAGCAGAUACAGAAUGCUGUCACCUGAGAAGAUGAAUACAUGAUUUAUUAUUAAGACUAA